AUGGAAAUACACGAGGACUUGAAGCCGAUAUCUGACUUCUUGAAGCAGUACACAGCCUAUGAUGUAAUGCCCACCAGUGCGAAGUGCAUUGUCAUCGAGUCUGGAAUUAGCGUCUACCGGGCGUAUCGAAUAAUGGGCGAGAACAGGACCUCCGUUGCCUAUAUUUGGCACGCCACGAACCAAACAUUAAUAGGUGUCUUGACCAUUAACGAUAUAAUGUCUGCCAUAUUAUCCCUUCAUAAGUAUUUCUUUGGGCAGAACAAGGUGCAGGACGUACAAACAUUUAUGCGAUCUGUUUAUCCUCAGGCCCUCCAGAUCCAUGAAAAUAUAACGAUACUCCACCUACUUAACUAUGUAACCAUUAAUUCCAUCAAAUCGGGAGGUACAUUUCUGCACGCUCCUCCAGAAAUUACGCUAUUUGAUACGCUGAGGUUGCUCAGGUCCCACUCUGUGCACAGAUUGCCAAUCAUUGAUGACGGUGGCAGUGUUCUUUGUAGCAUGACAUACAGGAGCCUUUGCAAAUUUCUGGUCGGCAAGUUCCGCUUGCCAUCCAAGAUCCUCCAAACCCCGGUUCUAUCCUUAAUAUCAGGGGAUCGCUCCCCUUGUGUCGUUCGACCUGAGAGCACCUUUGAAGAGGCUCUAGAGCAGAUGCUUGCGCACCAUCUCUCCAGUAUACCCGUGGUGAACGCCGAGACACAAGAAAUAAUAGAAGUCUUUAGCAAGUACGAUGUGGCGGCGCUAUCUAUGACACCAGAAAACAUCUCGUUGGACGCCCGGGUUAUUGAUUUGAUAAACACUAGACCGCCACAGGUAGAGGGACUUAGCUUGAUGCCAGAGACAGCUACUUGUGGAGAUAUACUCAAGGAGAUUGCCACAAGGAAUAUCCAUCGUGUUGUGUUGGUUGACGAGGCAACACGCAAGCAUAUAGUCGCGGUUGUCUCUCUUAGGCAUAUCCUUGAUUUCAUGUCUGACACUAUUGCCUCGGAGAAACUAAAACCAAUCGAGCAAAUAACCCUGCAGUCAACUAUAAGUGCAUGCCCCACAGAUAGUGACCAGUCUCUUUAG